GGCGCUGCGCGGUUCGGCAGCCCGUGGCCAGUAGGCGGCGCGGCGGGCAGCCCGGUGCCGCGGUGGCAGUUGGCGGAGGCGCGGGCAGGGCGGCGGAGUGGAGCCGGGCAUCCGCGGUUUCUCGGCCCGGCGCCCGCCCUCGUUGGGCGGCGGUUUCUCGGAGCCGUUCGGGGCCGUUUGUGGCGGGACACGGAGCGGCGGAGCACGAUGAGCCUGAGGAAAGUGAACGUCUCCAUUCUCGUGGUGGCCAUCGUUCUCUUCCUGCUCGUUCUGCACCACAACUUCCUGGGCCUCAGCGACCUCCUGAAGCGCGAGCUGACAGACUCCAAUCCGUUAGGACUUCAGCCUAUAGACUUCAUACCUGCUGCUCCUCAGAGGCUGACAGAUGAAAGGAAUGAUAAGGAAAUUUCUGUGGUCAUUGCUGCCUCAGAUGAGAGGCUUGGAGGUGCAAUUGCAGCCAUGAACAGCAUUUACCGUAACACCAGAUCCAACGUGGUUUUCUAUAUUGUUACUUUGAACGACACUGUGGACCACUUGAGGCUGUGGCUAACAAACACUGCUCUGAAAAACCUGAGGUACCAAAUUUUGAAUUUUGACCCUCGUGUCUUAGAAGGGAAGGUGCAAGCGGAUCCCCAGAAGGCAGACAGCAUAAAGCCAUUAACGUUUGCAAGAUUCUAUUUGCCCAGUUUGGUACCUCAUGCAGAGAAGGCCAUCUAUGUGGAUGAUGACAUAAUAGUGCAAGAUGAUAUCCUUGAGCUUUACAAUACUCCACUGAAACCUGGACAUGCAGCUGCUUUUUCAGAUGACUGUGACUCUACCACCAAUAAGGUUGCUGUCCGUGGAGCAGGGAAUCAGUACAAUUACAUUGGGUUUCUGGAUUACAAGAAAGAAACCAUCCGAAAGCUUGCGAUGAAAGCCAACACCUGCUCUUUCAAUCCAGGAGUUUUUGUUGCUAAUCUGACAGAAUGGAAAUUACAGAACAUCACGAAGCAGUUAGAGAAGUGGAUGGCACUUAAUGUAGCAGAGGAGCUGUACAGCAGAACUCUGGCUGGCAGCAUCACUACACCUCCACUGCUCAUAGUGUUCUACAAGCAGCAUUCCAGCAUUGAUCCCCUGUGGAACGUCCGACAUCUUGGGUCUAAUGCUGGAAAAAGAUAUUCUCCUCAGUUUGUGAAAGCUGCCAAGCUGCUCCACUGGAACGGACAUUUCAAACCGUGGGGAAGAACGGCUUCGUACGCCGAGGUGUGGGAGAAGUGGUACGUCCCUGAUCCUACAGGCAAGUUCAGCCUGAUCCGAAGGCAUCCAGAGGCCUACGAAGCCAAGUAGAGUACGUUUUCAGUAACUGUCAGCAUUUUCUCAGGACACUUGUGGAGCCAAGCAAUGGUUUGUUUUUUUUUCACUGUUUGUACAAAGAACAGCCCUCACCUCCUGGAGCACAGGGAGAUGCACUCACCCAGCUGUAGUGGUGCAGCUCCAAGCUGCACGGUUCCAAAGGAGACUCACUUUGCUUGUGUGACUGAGGGUGCUGCUCCAGCAGGGAGUGAAGGGGCCCCUCCACACACCAGUGCUUCUGUGAGGGCAUUUCUGUCUGCUGUGUGUCCUCCUGCUCUUUACUACGAAUCUUCAUGGGGAAACUGCUUUGUCAGUUAUAAAUGGUUCCAGAAACAAGAAGAACUUCAGCUGGAGCUUGUACCGUGCAGCUCCGCGCAGCAAUGUACUGUAAUUAAGAGCUGCUUGGAGUUUGUUCUGUUGUUGUUUUCUUACCCUGUGAAAUAGUUUCAUCAACAGUCCUUUCUUGCAUGAAAACUGCUUCCAUCCAUUCGUGUCAGCAUUCCUUGCACAAUUCUGCAAAAUCAAAUCUUGACUUUUGAAGGGUUGCUCAAGUGUUGACUAUGCAAAAAGUGGUCUGAACUGCUAGUGCACACAAACAUUUUCCAUAACUGGUGGAGAAAAUGUCUUAAAAUAAAAGCUGAUGUUACAUUUUUGACAUUAA